AAAAAAAAAAAAAAAGGCUACUGUUACCCAAUUUCUAACAAUUAUCCAUUGUCCCCACCCACAAAAACUGACUCCAAUUUCCUUCCAGUUUCCUUCUCUCUCUCACUGUCCCCAUUUGUGGAAAAAUCAGUCUAAUGAGUUAGGGCUAUCGAUUUACCCUCCAAACUCGAUUAAUUUACACCCACAACCUACUUUCCUCCUCCUCGAUUCAGAUCUCCUAACAACCUAAACAUUGGACAGCCAAACCCCAUUAAGCUAAUCAAGUCUACUCUAUUUGGGAAUUUUGGCAGUUUCUUUGUACUGGUUUGGAGUAUACGCAAUUUGGGGGAACCCAUUUGGAUUUUUGGGGAAAUAUUCAUUUUAGGUAUGCCCGCGUGGGAAUUUUGGUGAAUUGAAGGUGAAGGAGUGUCAAGAUUGUGGUUUUUGUGGGGUAUUUUGUGGAGGUGGAAUGGCUGAGCUGGCAUUAACUCAAAGAAUGCCAAAUUCGGAUAUGGGGUUGAGGGAUGAGAGUUUAGUCAUUGGGCAAGAUUUUUCGGGUGUUGAUGCUUGUAGGAGGGAUAUGGUUGAGCAGGAUUUAACGUCAACUGCUACAAAUUUGGAUGUUGGAUUGCCAGACCAGCCUUUAGUUAUUGGACAAGAGUUCCCAGAUGUCGAUAGUUGUAGGAGGACUUUGAAGGACAUAGCUAUAGCAAUGCAUUUUGAAAUUCGGAUUGUUAAGUCAGAUAGGAGUAGGUUCAUAGCUAAGUGCUCCAAAGAGGGGUGUCCAUGGCGCGUUCAUGUGGCGAAAUGUCCUGGAGUUCCUAAAUUUACGGUUAGGACACUUCAUGGAGAGCAUACUUGUGAAGGAGUUCAAAGCCUCCACCAUCAACAGGCAUCUGUGGGAUGGGUUGCAAGGUCUGUGGAAGCUCGUGUUAGGGAUAAUCCUCAAUACAAGCCCAAGGAGAUUUUGCAAGAUAUUCGGGAUAAGCAUGGGGUUGCUGUGUCAUAUAUGCAAGCCUGGCGUGGAAAGGAGCGUAGCAUGGCUGCAUUACAUGGGACUUUUGAGGAAGGUUAUCGGCUUCUUCCAGCAUAUUGUGAACAGAUAAGAAGGACCAAUCCAGGGAGUAUUGCUUCAGUUGUUGCCACUGGACAAGAUAAUUGUUUCCAACGGCUCUUUGUUUCUUACCGUGCAGCAAUUUAUGGGUUUCUUAAUGCUUGUAGGCCGCUUUUAGAACUUGACAGAGUUCAUCUCAAAGGCAAAUACUUGGGUUCAAUAAUUUGUGCCGCUGCUGUGGAUGCUGAUGAUGCAUUGUUUCCAUUAGCAAUAGCUGUUGUUGAUUCAGAAAGUAAUGAAAAUUGGAUGUGGUUCAUGUCUGAACUCCGCAAACUUCUUGGAGUGAACACUGAUAGCAUGCCAAGACUUACAAUACUUUCUGAGAGAACGAUGGGGAUGGUAGAGGCAGUUGAGACACAUUUUCCAAAUGCUUUUCAUGGUUUUUGUCUGCGUUAUGUCAGUGAGAAUUUUCGUGAUACAUUCAAGAACUCUAAGCUGGUGAAUAUCUUCUGGAAUGCAGUUUAUGCACUUACAUCUGCUGAAUUCGAAAACAAAAUAGCUGAGAUGGUGGAUAUUUCACAAGAUGUUCUAGCAUGGUUUAACCAUUUUAACCCGCAGCUGUGGGCUGUGGCUUACUUUGAGGGAGUACGAUAUGGCCAUUUCACACUGGGAGUCACUGAGUUGUUGUAUAAUUGGGCACUGGAAUGUCAUGAGCUUCCCAUAGUACAAAUGAUGGAGCACAUUCGCCAUCAGAUGACAUCAUGGUUCAGUGAUCGUCGUAAUAUGGGCAUGAGGCUGACAUCAAUUCUUGUACCUUCUGCUGAAAAGAAGAUUGCAGAAGCAAUUGCAGAUGCUCGUUGCUACAAAGUUCUUCGUGCAAAUGAAGUUGAAUUUGAGAUUGUGUCAACUGAACGGACAAAUAUUGUGGACAUAAGAAGUCGUAUUUGUUCUUGUCGACGGUGGCAACUUUAUGGACUGCCAUGUGCACAUGCUGCUGCUGCGCUUAUCUCUUGUGGUCAGAAUGCUCAUUUAUUUGCGGAGCAUUGUUUUACUGUACACAGCUGCCGUGAAACUUAUUCACAGAUGAUAUAUCCUAUACCAGAUAGGAGCCUUUGGAAGGAGCCUGGUGAAGGAGCAGAGGGUGGAGGUGCCAAGGUGGAUAUUACUAUCCGUCCACCUAAGACUCGUAGGCCUCCUGGAAGGCCUAAAAAGAAGGUUCUCCGCAUAGAGAGUUUCAAACGUCCAAAGCGGGUUGUUCAAUGUGGUCGCUGCCAUAUGCUGGGACACUCUCAAAAAAAGUGCACAUUGCCAACAUGAUCCUUUAGUUCUCCAUUUUAUCUUUUCCUUUUUUUUUUUUCCUUUUUUGCCAUUCUUUUUUAUUAUGAAGUUUCCGUGUGAAGUGUUCUGUCCUUGUAAGAUUGACGUACUUCUUCAGCAAAUUAGUUACUAAGCAGGCACAUGGCUUCCAUGCUGUAGUUUCACUUGUUCCUUGCAUGUAUUGCAGCAGCAAGUGAUGUUCCCUUGUACUAGACUAAUUAACUUCUCCCUUAACUGUAUCAAAAAUAUUCCGUCUGCCCUUAUCCUGUAAAUGUUGUAAUGUAACUGACUGUAUAGGCUAGCAAAUUUCAUUCAAGUUUCUUUAGCAUGGAGAGUUGUUACAUACAUGCAUUUAUGUGUUUUUAUCAUUGCUGUGGUCCUCUAAGUAAGUCAGUUACUGAUUGGUACUCUGUUCAUAUUUAACUUUCUCUCUGUUGUUAUUUCUUUUGUGGCUAUGUGCCUAAUUUUGCCUUACAAUUAUGAUUGAAGGACAAACGAACUCAUGAUAGCUAUUCUUUAAUAUUUUCUAAAGGAAUGUGAUGUAUAUUUCCUGUCAUCAACAAAAACUGGAAUUAUUUUGACAAUCCACAUCUUAAGUUGUUUCUGUGGAGUAUCUUGCUCUCCAUUCAUAUAGGUAAAUUUGUGAUGGUUCUUGUGGUUCUGUGUAUUGGCUGGCACAUUUACGCCUGCCAAAUUCUUCAGCUGCUUUAUGUGGAUUGUAGAUGAUGAUGAAGCAGGGAUGCUUGAUUGCUUGAAAUGAGCUCUCUAGGUGCAAACUUUUGAAAAGAAGAAAUAAAAAAUAUGCGGAUGCUUUUAUCUUUGUUGAUCUCUUUGUGUUUGUUUUUCCUAUUAAUGACAUUCCCCAUAUACAGUAUUCUAUUGGUUCACUCUUAACUGAUGCAAAACUUGUGCAAUCACUAUCAGAGUUUUUUGUGGCCAAUGUAGAGCAUUGCUCUGGAGUGCCACCAAUGAAGUUCUGGAAGUUGGACUGUUUUAUUCUCUUCUUGCCAUGCAAUGUGAGUGUGACCAUUGUAUUGGCUCAUUUAUGCAUGUUAAAUUGUCAACUGCUUUGUGCGCAUUGUAGAUGGCAAAGCACCAGGGAUGCUUGAUUGCUUGAAUAAAGGUGAAAUGAGCUCUCAAGUUGCAACAUACAAAGCUUGUGUAUUUUGUGGCCAAUGUAGAGGAUUGCUCUUGAGUGCCAGCAAUGAAGUCCUGCAAGUUGCUUCGUUCUACUUUCGUCUUGCCAUGCUACGCGAGAUACAGAAUUUACAGAUCUGCCAGAAAACAGUGCAGAUAUAGUUUUGCUGCCAUUCUUGAAUUGCCAGCCCGAAGGCUGCAUUUUGUGGGAAACAGUCACCUUCUCUGGCAAAAGACAUGGAGGACUCCAAGUCUACCAUGGAGAAACGAGUUUUGACACUACAAGAGAGAAAGCAACAAGCAGAUAAGGAACAAGAGGCAGUGGAGAAGGAAGUGCAGGAGCUUUUGACUUGGACAGAUAUGAUCGAAGGCAUGGAUGAGUCUCAACUGAAAACAUAUGUCAAGAACAGGCCGAAACACCUGAAGACUGCAAAAUGGGAAAAACUUGGAAAGAGCAGAAGGUUUAAAGGGAUGGAAAAAUGUAAAAGAUCUGUCAGUAGUGGAAUAAUGGCCACUGUUUGGAAGUUUCACAAAGAAGGGGAUGGCGGUUCUAUCUAGUCUCUGUUUACUUCAACAAUGUGGCUCUAUUUUCAUCUUCUUCGUGUGUGUAUUUUGUGUGCGCGCCCGUGCGUGCGUGCGGGCGUAUGUUAAGGCUAAGAGAGGCAAUUAGUACAUCUUGCAAGUAUAAACCUACCUUAAAAUAUGUAUCUGAUAUUCA